GAAGACUUUCGGCUGUUGCUUAUGAACAGAAAGUAACCAAUUCAUGCUGGCAGUACGUGUUUUUCCAUGGUGAUGUCUGGAGGGCAGACUGGUGGAGAGGCUGCUGGUGCCAGGCAGCGACAAAGGACCAGCCCUAGCCUGGAGAGAGAAGAGCUAGAGGAACUUUCCUCACCACCUGCUCUACACAAACUCUCACCCAUGUACCCCAAGGAGGAGCAUAACUCAGGGGGCAUCACUUCAUCUUUCAACUACCUGGAUGGAGCUUAUGAGUACCCAAUCCCUUCUCAGAGCUACAGUAACUCAUCACCUGCUGAGCCUUCCUCUACUGGACAAUAUCCAGCGGCCCCAGAACCUCAUGCACCCGCAGCUGAAUCCAGCAGUCCACUCAUGUUUGCGCCCUCCAGCCCUCAGCUGUCCCCAUACCUCAGCCAUCAUGGAGGCCACCACUCUGCUCAUCAGGUGUCCUAUUAUCUGGACACCUCUUCUAGCACAGUCUACAGGUCCAGUGUGGUAUCUUCUCAGCAGGUAGGUGUUGGCUUGUGUGAGGAGCUGUGCAGUGGUACAGACAGGCAGGAGCCGUACACCAGAUCAAGAGCCACAGGAGGGUUUGAUCUAGCAAAGGAGACUCGCUUCUGUGCGGUGUGCAGUGACUAUGCCUCUGGCUACCAUUAUGGAGUCUGGUCCUGUGAGGGCUGCAAAGCUUUCUUCAAGAGGAGCAUUCAAGGUCACACUGACUAUGUUUGUCCAGCGACCAACCAGUGCACUAUUGACAGAAACCGCAGGAAGAGCUGCCAAGCAUGCAGACUGCGCAAGUGCUAUGAAGUAGGCAUGAUGAAAGGAGGUUAUCGUAAGGACCGCGGUGGCAGUAUCAUCAGGCGUGAGAGGAGGAGGAAUAGUAAUGAGGAGCGUGACAAGAUCUGCAGUGAGCAGCCGAGUCAUGCUGGUGUGAAGACAGCGCCCCCACAGGACAAGAGGAAGAAGAGCAGUGGUGGUGUGGUCAGCGAUUUAUGCAUGCCUUCAGAGCAGGUGCUGGUGUUACUUUUAGGUGCUGAGCCACCAGCUCUCUGCUCGCGACAGAAACAAAACCGCCCAUACACCGAGAUCACCAUGAUGUCCCUGCUCACAAAUUUGGCAGACAAAGAACUUGUCCACAUGAUUGCCUGGGCAAAGAAAGUACCAGGGUUCCAGGACCUCUCCCUGCACGACCAGGUUCAGCUGCUGGAGAGCUGCUGGCUGGAGGUGCUAAUGAUCGGGCUGAUAUGGAGGUCCAUUCAUUCUCCAGGAAAACUCAUCUUUGCUCAGGAUCUCAUUAUUGAUAGGAGUGAAGGAGAAUGUGUUGAAGGGAUGGCUGAGAUCUUCGACAUGCUCUUGGCAACUGUGGCUCGAUUCCGCAGUCUCAAACUCAAGUCAGAGGAAUUUGUGUGUCUCAAAGCCAUCAUACUUCUCAAUUCUGGUGCAUUUUCAUUCUGCUCCAGCUCUGUGGAGCCCCAGUCGGACAGCUUCAUGGUGCAGUGCAUGCUGGACAACAUCACUGAUGCCCUCAUUUACUGCAUCAGUAAAUCAGGUGCCACACUGCAAAUGCAGUCCCGUCGCCAGGCGCAACUUCUGCUGCUGCUGUCCCACAUCAGACUCAUGAGCAACAAAGGAAUGGAGCACUUGUACAGAAUGAAAUGCAAGAAUCGAGUACCACUGUACGAUCUUUUGCUGGAGAUGCUGGAUGCACAACGAUUCCAGUCUCCAGGCAAGGUGCAGCGACCCUGGGCACCAAGUGAGAAAGAUUCACCUUCUACACUUACAGCCAGCAGCAGCAGUCCCUCCAGAGACCUUGGAAUCAUGCAGUCCAACCCAACCUGUCUCAGACCUGACCCCUGAA